GCCAAGUUAGUGGUCAAUGCGAUUCGUUUGUACUCGUUCUUUCUGUUUUUUUUUUCGAAAUCGUACUCGCACCAUUUGAGGGCGCUAUCAGUGCGAGGUUGUCAUAUAGAUUCCAUGGACGCCCUAAUGCUAACACAUGUGCAAAGCUAUAUCUAAGCCACGUCUGUGUGCCGCGUAUGACUAUGCCGAAGGAAAUUCUUAAUCAUUUUCGGCUGAGUUUAGUGUGCAUAGGGCGGUUCUCGCAGCGCCAGAGUAUUUGAUUUCCCUUUUGCAUUAUACUGAAUCCACAUUAAGUCGAAUUCGAAAAUGUCAUUGACCAAGGCGUCGUCGAGGAGGGAUCUGUCGCAGGACUCGAAUCAGAACCACAACGAGAGCGCCCCGAAAUCGACGACCAUAGUCAAGUAUGAGAAGUCGUCGUGCCUCUUCUGCAACGAAUGGUUCGAUGCCCAGACAUUCACGGAACACCUGAUCCACUGCGGCCAGGUGCUGGAGGAGUGCCCCAACGGCUGUCAGGCCUUCAUCCCGCGCAUCCGCAUGCGUUCCCACCAGAAGGAGUGUCCCCGCACCAGUCUGCAGAGCCAGAGCGUCAACAACAGGAUGAGUGUCAGCAUGGAUCGCUUGGACCGACAGUCGGACCAGCGCCUCCUGGUCAUCGAGCAGGAUGUGGGCACCAUUCGGUCCGUCCUCAACGAGGAGAUCCGCCAGCGUCUGCACCUCAUCACCGAUGUGGGAAACAUCCGGAAGCAGAACCAAGUCGUCGAGGACUGGACCCGGGACACCGAGAAGACGCUGGACGAACUCCGCCGCCAGAUGGAAGAGGAAACCAACCGCAAGGCCUUUGCCAUCGAACAGAACCAACUGGAUGUGCAAUACUGCUGUGAUAUCACCCAGUCCUUGAAGGAGCAAGUCGAGUCGAGGCUGGACGAGGCUCAAAAGCUGGUUAACCAGCUCUCGGCGGAUGUGACCUUCCACCAGAAUCAGCUGAACGAUAAUAUCCUUAAGCUGGAGGAGCUGAUCUUCGAAAAUGAGAGGUUGAACAGGGAAAAGUUCCUUCAGAUCGAGGAAUUCCUGCAGCAGAUCAAUGAGGACAUCAAAACAAAGCUGGGCAAUAGUGACUAUGUGACUUCGAAGCUGGCCACAUUGGACUACGAGGUCAAGAAUGUGAAGAACAUUGUGUGCGAAACCGAAGAGCGUUGCGAUAAGCUGGAUAGAGCUCUUCACCAGACCAUGCAGAAUCUGUCGGACCUGGAGACCCAAAUGGCCAUGCAGCAGCGCAUCGCCAGUGUGCAGAACAUAAGAGGGCACUUGAUUUGGCGCAUCAAGGACUACUCGAAGAAACUAGAAGAUUCGAAGCAUUACGACACCAUACUCCACAGCGCCAUGUUCUCCAACAAAGCAUUCGGCUAUGCUCUUCGGUUGGACAUUUUCCUGAACGGCAAGGGCACGUGGAAGGGUCGAAAUGUGAUCGCCUGCCUGAACGUUCUGUCCGGGGAGUACGAUCCCCUCUUGGCCUGGCCCUGCCGCCUCCAGGCCGAGAUCAUCAUCCGGGACCAGAGCUCCAGCCUGGCGGAGGCGGAGGACUAUAUCAAGACCGUGAACGUGCGCAAGAAGAGCGACGACUUCAUCCAGACCAACCAGUACUUCCACAUACCCCACAGGGUAAUCACCAGUCGCAACUAUCUCCGCAACGACUCCUUGUUUAUCGAGGUGCGAGUCCUCAAAUGAUACCCUAAGUUUGCCCAUAUUUGACAAGGAAAAUUCCAUUGAUUCAAUACACACAUAUAUAUUUGUAAUAAUUUAUUCCAUUGACAGCGAGCUAGAAGUUAAAAGAACCCGCUUACAAACACGAUUAUGUGUGCAUAGUAGUGUAUAAGUGAAUACAAAUAGAUUCUUCGUUUCAAUAUGCGUA